AUGUUAGCUGUUGGGCAGAUGGAUGCUAACCGGCAGAGUGCUUUCGUGCUAGGCAGUACACCGCUGGCGGCGCUGCACAACAUGACCGAGAUGAAGACGUCUCUCUUCCCCUACGCGCUGCAGAGCCCCGCCGGCUUCAAGGCGCCGUCGCUCACCAACCUCAACUCGCAGAUCCCCGUCGGGACGCCGCACGGAAUAAGCGACAUCUUGGGGAGACCCAUCACCACGGCGGGCCAGCUGCUCUCGGGCUUCCCCCGGAUAAGCGGCUUGGCCACCACCGCGGGGAUGUACUUCAACCCGGCCGCCGUCUCGCGCUACCCGAAGCCCCUGACGGAGCUGCCGGGGCGCGCGCCCAUUUUCUGGCCCGGAGUGAUGCAGAGUUCCCCGUGGAGAGACCCCCGCGUGUCCUGCCCCUCUCAAGCAAACGUGAUGCUGGACAAGGACGGCAAGAAGAAGCACUCCCGGCCGACCUUUUCAGGGCAGCAGAUUUUUGCACUGGAGAAAACUUUUGAGCAGACGAAAUACCUCGCCGGCCCGGAGAGAGCCCGGCUGGCCUACUCGUUAGGAAUGACCGAGAGCCAAGUCAAGGUGUGGUUCCAGAACAGGAGGACCAAAUGGCGGAAGAGGCACGCGGCGGAAAUGGCCACGGCGAAGAAGAAGCACGACUCGGAGACGGAGAAGAUGAAGGAGAGCUCGGACAACGAGGACGACGACGAGUACAACAAGCCGCUGGACCCGAACUCGGACGACGAGAAAAUAACGAGACUGCUAAAAAAGCACAAGGCCACGAACCUUGCCCUCAUCAGCCCCUGCAGCAACAGCUCGGACACGUUGUGA